UCACAGGAUAGUUCAGAAGAACAUCACAAUGCCCCACAGGAUGAUCAGCUUGUGAAUCUGGGUGAAGAUCUGAACAUUAUAUAUGUUCCAGAGACAGAUGUGAAGGGUGAGGAGCAGAAUAUAGAGGACAUUCCUACAGAUAACUGCCCAGAUGACUGUACCAAGAGUUUGGAGGAGGGACAUCUGAUAUUUUCAGAUUUUAAAGCAAAUAAUCAUGGUAUAACAGAAGAUACUUAUGAAGAGCAUUCCAUUAUCUCAGAUAGACCCUCCAUCCUUCAUAGAAAAGAUCAUUGGAUUGGAUUGUCAUUGGAUUCUUCUAAACAGAUCCGAUCUUCUGAUUCAUCACAGACUGUUAAGGAAAAUAAAAGUCACAGAAGGGAUGAUGAACAUCAUAGACCUCACACAGGGGAGAAGCCAAUGUCAUGUUUAGAAUGUGGGAAACAUUAUAGAUAUGAAUCAGAACUUGCUAGACAUCAGAAAUCUCACACAGGGGAGAAACCAUUUUCAUGUUCAGAAUGUGAGAAACAUUUUAUACAUAAAUCAGAUCUUGUUAGACAUCAGAGAACUCACACAGGAGAGAAGCCAUUUUCCUGUUCAGAAUGUGGGAAAUGUUUUAUUAAUAAAUCCAAUCUUGCACAGCAUGAGAGAGCUCACACAGGGGAGAAGCCAUUUUCAUGUCCAGAAUGUGGGAAAUGUUUUAACCAGAAAUCAGCUCUUGUUGUACAUCAAAGAAUUCACACAGGAGAGAAACCAUUUUCAUGUUCAGAAUGUGGGAAAUUUUUUAACCAGAAAUCAUAUCUUAUUAAACAUCAGCGAAUUCACACAGGGGAGAAGCCAUUUUCAUGUUCAGAAUGUGGGAAAAGUUUUAACCAGAAAGCAGACCUUGUAAAACAUCAUAGAAUUCACACAGGGGUAAAGCCAUUUUCAUGUUCAGAAUGUGGGAAAUGUUUUAACCAGCAAUCAAUUCUAGUUACACAUCAAAGAAUUCACACAGGGGAGAAGCCAUUUGCAUGUUCAGAAUGUGGGAACUGUUUUAAUCAGAAAUCAGAUCUUGUUCGACAUCAGAGAAUUCACACAAGAGAAAAUAUUUUUUAUGCUAAGAAUGUGAAAAAUUGUUUACUCACAAAUCCCACCAUUUUACACAUCAAAGAAAAGUCACAUGUUACACAAAGGAAAUAGAAAGCAUGUUAAAGCGCUAAAUGAUGUUUACUGUAUAGAAGGGUUAAAUUUAGCUGUUUUGAUUCUGCCACUUCUAAACUUUAGCAUAGAUAACAGGUGCAAGACCUCAUACCAGAUGUAUUUGCUAGUUCCAUGUGUACAACAUACACUGGUUGAGCAAUGUACUGGAAUAUUCUGUGUCCAUCCUAGGUAGAGGAGAACUGAGGUUAUAAAUACUUGAAGCAUAUCACAGAGGGUAAGUUCUUAAUUAGACCUGUUUUGGACAUUUUAUCCUGUCUUUUUUAUCCACAUUCUUGGCCAUUGGCGUGUAAUAACAACUUACCAAGAUCUUUUUCUUCCUGAAGCUAAGUAACUGUUUAUUUAUAUUGCACAAUGCAACUGUAUUUGUCGUUUAGCAGUCCUCAGUAAAUCUUUUACUCAUUUAGCCAUUGUUUAAGCCCUAUUUAUUCCUGUAUCCCAGAAUCCAAAGUAUAACAAUAAUGAAAUGUAUGCAAUUGCCAAUAAAUGUCCAGAAUCCAGAUAACACACCAAUGUAUCAACCAUGUGAGUAGAAUUAUUCACAUUAAAAGGACUGUCCAAAGAAAAAAAUAUAUCUUCAAAAUGUCUCAUCACCGUGGACAUAGAAAAACAAAG